AUGGCAGCCAACGCGAAGACCAGUAAGUCCCACGUCAUCUUCAAGAAGGUCUCCCGGGACAAAUCGGUGACCAUCUACCUGGGGAAGAGAGACUAUAUAGACCAUGUCAGCCAAGUAGAGCCCGUGGAUGGCGUCAUAUUGGUGGACCCGGAGCUUGUGAAGGGAAAGAAAGUGUUCGUCUCUCUGACCUGCGCCUUCCGCUACGGCCAGGAGGACAUCGACGUGAUCGGCCUGACCUUCCGCAGGGACCUGUACUUCUCUCGGGUCCAGGUGUACCCUCCGGUGGGGGCUGCGAGUGCCCCUACACAGCUGCAGGAGAGCCUGCUCAAGAAGCUGGGGGGCAACACUUACCCCUUCCUGCUCACAUUUCCUGACUCCUUGCCUUGCUCAGUGAUGUUGCAGCCAGCUCCGCAAGAUGCAGGGAAGAGCUGUGGGGUCGACUUUGAGGUCAAAGCAUUUGCCACCGACAGCCCAGACGGCGAAGAGGACAAAGUCUCAAAGAAGAGCUCUGUGCGGUUGCUGAUCCGCAAAGUCCAGCACGCUCCAUCUGAGAUGGGGCCGCAGCCCCAGGCCGAGGCCUCCUGGCAGUUCUUCAUGUCCGACAAGCCCUUGCACCUCGCAGUCUCCCUCAGCAAAGAGAUAUAUUUCCACGGGGAACCCAUCCCUGUGACCGUGACUGUGACCAAUAAUACGGAAAAGACGGUGAAGAAGAUUAAAGUCUUAGUGGAGCAAGUGGCCAACGUGGUUCUCUACUCCAGUGAUUACUACGUCAAGCCCGUGGCCAUGGAGGAGACACAAGAAAAAGUGUUGCCAAACAACACUUUCACCAAGACCCUGACGCUGGUGCCCUUGUUGGCUAACAAUCGAGAAAGAAGAGGCAUUGCCCUGGACGGGAAGAUCAAACACGAGGACACGAACCUCGCCUCCAGCACCAUCCUUAAAGAGGGCAUGGACCGCACCGUCAUGGGCAUCCUGGUGUCCUACCAGAUCAAGGUGAAGCUCACCGUGUCAGGCUUUCUGGGAGAGCUCACCUCCAGUGAAGUGGCCACUGAGGUACCGUUCCGCCUCAUGCACCCCCAGCCUGAGGACCCAGCAAGAUGUCGUCUGUUUCCUUCUAGUUUUCAGGAUGCAAAUUUGGUUUUUGAGGAGUUCGCUCGCCAAAAUCUAAAAGAUGGGGGAGACACUGCUGAAGGGAAGAAGGAGGCUGUCAACGACGAGUGAAGACGUCGGCUCGACACCUCAAGUGGCUGUAGUUCCUGGUGCCACCAGCGAAGCCCCAGUCAGCCCUUCAGUUGUGUUAGCUAGGAAAGUCCGAGUCUCCGCCUGGAAAUAAAGUGUGUCC